UCGGUGUCCUGGGCACUGUUCCAGCAAAGGGCUCCACGUUGGCCAUAAUUCAUCUGGGGCGGGAGCACAGAACUGCACAGAUUCCCAUCCAGCUGGCCUUUCUCUGUUGCUCAACAAAUUCACACCGAAAGCCGAAAAAUCAAAAAGCAAUAAUGAUGCCCCAAAUGUGAGCCAGCAAGGGUCGACGAUAAGCUGAGGGGCGUGGCGGUGGGCCUCGUCUGGCCACCACAGUUGCAAGUAUUGGGGCUACGUGGCAAACUUUUCGAGUAUUUGUCGUUAUAAAUUUGACAUCAAUUGCCACGGCAUGUGGCCAUGGCCAACGAAGCUCUGACAGUCGAGGUGUGGUUUGGUUUUUCUGAGGGAGAAUCCACUGAAGUGGGAAUAGUCAUGGAAGAAAGAAAAAAUGCGCAAAAUUUUUACUCUGUAUAAGCGGAAACGAGAUAAUAUCUCGGGGCAGAAAAAUAUUUAAUGUUUGUCUUAUAUUCACAGCCUUUUCCGUUCAUCUAGUCAAGAGCUAUUUUCUACCAUCGUGCGAGAGGAUUACUGUGAACUAUUUUGUAGAGGUCCAUGUGAUAAUAUAUAUUUAAACGAUACGUGCAACAUUUUAGGAAAUUCAAUAACUACCUUAGAAUACAAAAUUGAAAUUGAACGUAUGGUUCUGAAAUUCAAUUGGAUAACACAAGUGUUUAAUCAAUGGAAUAUUCAAAAUAUUUCCUCGAAAAACAAUAUUAAACUUGAUCAAUUAUAUGUAAUGGGGCUAAAAAGUUCACAUGAUGCAAGAUUUUGUCCCAGUGUGUUUUAUUUUAAAAAUCUGGCCAUUUAUGAAGCUGAAGUGUUUGAAUUGUAUUCUCCAUCCUUAAAAAUAACAGAAACAAAAGUUCAUAAUAUGCAUGGACCGGAAAAGCUGGUUAUACAAUUUUUUUCUAAUAUCCCCAUGGACUCAAUGAUUAUAAGAAACUAUAUACGAAGAACCAUGAACAAUAUAACAGAACUCAGAAUAAUUUCUGGUCAUUUUAAUUAUAAGCUAACUUUUUUCAUGGGACAGAAUUUAUUUGAAGGAAAGUCGAAAUUAAAGAAACUGGAGUUUCAUACAUUAAAAGUCAAAGGCCUAACCGCCGAAAGCUUUAACGAUUUACCAAUUUUGGAAGAUUUGGUUUUCGAAUAUAUUGAUUUAGACGAUUUUAAAUUUUUUCGAUCUGAGGUUUUGCGAGCAACUUUGUGUUAUUUAAAAUUAGUUAAAAUAAAUGGAUUUGUAAAUUUAAAGCACUUUGACCGGUAUAUAAAAUUAAAAAUAAUUGAAUUUAAUAGUCGUGCAUUUAUACCGUUUAAAAAUCUAACCGCUUUUAUAUGCUUCCAAUUGAACGAUUUCUGUUACUUUACGAUUGGCAUAAAUAACAUAUCGUGCCCCCCGACGUGUGUGUGUCUAUAUGACCGAAGCUCUUAUAAAUUUUCAAUAAAUUGCUCAUGGAAUUAUUUGCUAGAGGUACAGCCUCUUCCAAUUCCAAUCAACGGAAGUACGGCACUAUUACUUAAAGGCAACAAUCUGACCCAGCUGCCACACAUAUCCUUCCCAGGAUAUAGUGUUGUAAAUGUACUCGACGUGUCCUAUAACAAACUAACUACUCUUGGAAUAAGUUAUUUGCCUUACGACUUGGAAUAUCUGGAUGUUCGAUUCAAUAACCUGCAUACUCUUAGUAAAGACGUUAUCCACUAUCUCAUUAAAAUUCCCUUUUUCUACCAAUUCGGUAACAAAUGGAGGCCCAUUUGCGAGGAUAUGAAUCUAAUGUUUUUCUUUAAAAGAAAAUCAAACACUAUUCAAAUACUUGGAUCCAAAUUUAACUCAAUAUUUGAAAAUAUGAUUGAUAUCAAUACAAAAUUUAAUAUUAAAGAACAGUUCCAAAAAAGCUCUUUAUUCUAUUUUGCCAAUGAAGAUAAUAUAAUUAAUCGUUAUCCUGGAAAUGAAAUUUUAAAAGCACUCGAAUACCUCCAUAAAAAUAUUUCAUAUUAUUUUGCUGAAUAUGACAAAAUUUUAUAUGAUGAUUUAAAUGCUUCGUGUCCUUAUAGAUGCUUUUGUUGCAAAGUGCAAAGCUCAAAAAGUUUUUUGAUAAAUUGUGAAAAUCAGAAUUUGACCUUUUACCCGGAGCUGCCAUACCCAAUUCGAAAUGAGGCCACAUUAAUUCUUUGGAUUAAUAAAAUAAGUACUAUUCCAAAUCCAACCUUUUCUAAGGGCCACGACUCAAUAAAAUAUUUAUAUAUGGCCAAUAAUUCUAUAGUAGAGCUUCCUUUACAGCUGAUCCCCAAGAACAUCUUAAUAAUGGACUUAAGAAAUAAUCUAUUAUCAUCCCUCGAUGACGAUGUUGUUGAAUUUCUCAGGAAUCGAAAAAACGUCACACUGGUGCACCUGUCAGGAAAUCCUUGGGAAUGCAAGUGUGGGGCAUUGUCUUUUUUAUCCUUUCUUCGAGAACACGAGCCAUUAGAGUACGAAAGAGUCCUAGAAUUUAGCAACAUCACCACCGGAAAAUGUCCAAAAUCGUGUAUUUGCUGUGAGGAAAAAUCACUCCCAGAUCCUUUCGUUAUUGACUGCAGUGGAAGAGGCCUAAAGGAUAUUCCCCCAUUACCAUUGCCGCUGGUGGGCCUUACAACUCUAUUUUUCAACGAAAAUGAACUCGAAAUGCUGCCGAACAUAUCGCAUCCAGGUAUCGAAAAUGUGGCACGUCUUUUCUUGGACAACAAUAAGCUUACUUUCAUCGAGCAAUUACCUAAAAAACUCACCUAUCUAGACCUAAGUCACAACAAUAUUUCCGUUCUGAAAGAAGAUAUACGUAACUUUCUAGUUAAAAGAAUACGCUCUUCGCAAAUGAUGGUUCGUCUCUCAGGAAACCCAUGGUCCUGCACUUGUGAAGAGAGAGACUUCUUGAAAUUUGUCAAGGGACAUGGCAGAAAUAUUAUCGAUUCUGCCGUGAUGAUUUGCGAAGAAUCGGGAUAUCCCCUUCUUGAAGUAGAAGAAAGUGACAUUUGUCCUUCGGCUCUAAUUUAUUAUGCAUCUUUUACCGCCUCCUUCAUGAUGAUUAUUUUGGGUAUUAACCUUUUGGUCAUCUUUAGGCAGCCCAUUUUGAUCUGGUUCUACGAACACGAAAUUUGCCUCAGUAUGGCUGCUCGGCAGGAGCUUGAUUUGGGGAAAAAAUUCGAUGCCUUCCUGUCCUUUACCCACAAGGACGAGAACCUUGUUGAGGAGUUUGUGGAGCGUCUGGAAAACAGGAGCCAUAAGUUCAGAUUGUGUUUCUAUCUCCGAGACUGGCUGGUGGGUGAGUCCAUUCCCGAGUGCAUUAACAGAUCUGUAAAGGACUCCAGGCGUAUCAUUAUCCUGAUGACAAACAAGUUUCUGAAGUCCACCUGGGGUCGCCUCGAAUUCCGAUUGGCCCUGCACGCCUCGGAAAAAGAUCGCUGCAAGCGGCUGAUCGUUGUCCUCUAUCCGGAUGUGGAGAACUUUGAUGAACUAGACAGCGAACUGAGAGCAUAUAUGGUCCUGAAUACCUAUCUGGCCAGGGAUAGCCCAAAUUUCUGGAACAAACUCAUCUACUCAAUGCCCCACGAGAAACUGAGAAGGCAAUUGCUACAUGAAUUAGAAGAACCAAGGUUAUAAAAUAAUGUACAAUAUAUUAAAAUCAAGCAAUAGUUUCUGCAUAGUCUUCUACACAAAAAUUUAAAAUUUUGGCGCCAAAAUGUGGUCUUAAAAUAGCUAAGGUUUACGACACUAUAACCAUUUUUCAUCCCUUAAAAGGAAACGGAACUACCGCCAUGUUCCAGGACUCAUUUUGCACCCCUGAAGUGGUUUAUUUUCAUCCCUUUAUAUAAAAUUUCCAGUGAACGAGCUGAAUAAAUAGCGCAAAAUUUGAAACGUAAUGUUAUAAGCUUUAGUUCACAAUAAAAUUUUAAAUGGAGUAAAU